AUGGACACAGCAAGAAACCACACGCGCAUCGGAGGGGAUGGACAGGCGCGGGGCAAACGGAGAACCCCCUGCGUGGACGGGUGUAGGCAGAUACUCCCCGAAGGCGCGCAGCAGCGGCGGGGAGCCGCGCACGCCAUGGGUGGCGGGGGAGUAGACGUGAAUAUCCUGCUGACGCACACAGUCCAGCGUGAUCUCUGGCUUCACCAGUUUCCCGCCAACUGCUCCUCCCCCUCCCACCGCUUCCUCAUUGCUCCAUGGAUAUAUUUCGGCGGGCAUGGGUUCGGAUCCCAGCUGCACAUCAUGACCGUCCAUCUGGCCGUUGCAGUUGUGACGAACCGGAUCCUCGUACCGCUUCCUGGAAGCUUCAGUCGCGCGAAGCACCCGGGGUGUCCUGGAAACGUCUCCGGCGAUCUGAGUUGCUAUUUCUUUCCUCCAGUCUCACAGGAGUGCAUUGAGAGAGCGCAGAGGCUAAGGGAAGAUGAGGUAGUGCAAGUGGGAGCGAACGCAACAAUAGGAGCUACCAAGAAUGGUAGUCCCAGGUCGGGGGAAGGGAAGUGGUCCCUGUGCGAGGAUGUGAUGGAGGCAGCGUUGAGUGACAGCGUGGCAGUCCAGCCUCGCAUGCGAUGCUUCUCUGAUCGAGAGCUCAUCUCGUGGUGGCGAGCUCAGGCCAUCCGCUUCCUCCUGCGAUGGCCGUCGCUGUACCUCUGCCACCUCACCAACAUUGCACGGCACGGGGCCUUUGGCCAGGAUGCUGCCAUCAGAAUUACAGAAGCUGGCUUUGCUCAGGCUGUAACAGAGGACGGCUUAUCCUCCUUCGAUUCUGCCCUCGCAUCUCCAUCGUUUGACAAUCGGAGGGCGAAUGAGACUCUUGUACAUGACAUGGCGAUGCAGGAUUGGUUGGGAGAGGAGCUGUUUGUUCCAAGGCCAAUGUUGCACAUGCAUGUGCGUCAGGGAGAUAAGAUCCAGCUGGGAAAGGCGGAGUCGGUUGCUACAUGGAUGAGGGCUGCCAUGCUGCUGAGGGUGCAUGACCCAUCGCUGCACCGCACGUGGAUUUCAACGGAUACACAGGAGGUUCUUGACAUUGCAAAGCAAUAUCGGCACUGGCGCGUGUAUUGGUUUGGGAAUGAGCCCAAGUGGAACCCCAAAAGCCAAUCACAAAAGAAGACAGAGACAAGGGAUUUGCGUGCCUCGGUGGAGUCUAGCCUAGUGAACCUCAUGCUGGCAGCAGAGUGUGACUACUCUGUCACAACGCUCGAUAGUAACUGGAAUAGGGUCAUACACUCUAUGCGUAUCACAGGUGGUAGGGCCAAUAGCCCAGUUAUUGUGUUAAGGAAUGGAGUUUGGCUCCGCCUGUUUCAAUCUCCUCGUGCGUGCUGUCCCUUUCCCCCAUUUCUUCCUGCCCUGCCCUCCCUUUCCCCUUCUCCCUUUACACCAUUCCUCCCUUUCCACAUUUCCUCCCUUUCCUCAAUUUCCUCCCUUUCCCCCGUUCCCCAUGGUCUCCCCUCUCUCCAUUUCCACCCCACCGACUCCGCCUCGCCUCCCAAACCUAACGAUGACGAUGACGGCCACCCUCUAGAGAUCGGCGAGCCAACGGACGUGAAGCACGUGGCGCACGUCACGUUCGACCGCUUUAAGGGCUUCCUGGGUCUCCCGGAAGACAUCGAGGGCGAGCUGCCGUGCCGCGCGCCCAGUGCGGGGCGGUCCGUGUUCGGCGUGCAGCCGGAACUGCUGCAGUGCUCACAGGACGAGUUCGGCAACAGCGUGCCCAACAUCCUGCUGCAGCUGCAGGCGCUGCUAUACGUCAAAAAGGGCCUCCAGACGGAGGGCAUAUUCCGCGUGGCGGCGGAGAACGACCACGAGGACGAGAUCAGGGAUCAGGUCAACAUGGGGCUCGUGCCGCAGAGCAUCAACGUGCACGCGCUCGCGGGGUUGAUCAAGGCGUGGUUCCGCGAGUUACCACAAGGGUUGCUGGACUCGUUACCAGUGGAGGUGGUGGCGGCGUGCGAGACGGAGGAGCAGAUGCUGGCGCUGGUGGCGGAGCUGCCGGAGACGCAGAGCAUGCUGCUGGACUGGGUGGUGGGGCUCAUGGCGGACGUGGUGCAGUUCGAGGAGCGCAACAAGAUGAACGCGCGGAACAUUGCCAUGGUGUUCGCGCCCAACAUGACUCAGGUGCUUGACCCUAUUAUGGGGCUCAGACACGCAGUGAAGGUGAUGGACCUGUUGCGAGUGCUCAUCGAGAGGAAGCAGCAGGAGCCUCUGAGGGAGGGCGGUAGCGCGGCGCUCAAGUCCUUUGUGUACUGCACGCAGCCACCCACCAUUGAGAUCUUCGAGGAGCCCCGGCAGAGAAGUAAGGAGAGACAAGGGUGCGGCGGGGAAGGGGAGGAAGCGGGGGGGGGGGCGGGGGAGGCGGAGGAGGGUGAGGGGGAUUGCGCGGAUAAGGAUGAGCUGCUGGCGCGGAUGGGGGGGGAGGGGGAGGAGGCGGAGCUAGAUGCGCGGGGAGGGGAGGAGGGGGACGUGGUGAUGGGGGAAAACGGGGAGGCAGGUGCGCAGGGAGGAGAAGAAAGAGGGUCUGCAGCAGGGCAGGUCAAUGGGAGCGAAGGGAGAGAAGGGGAAGGGGUAGGAGAGGCCGAGGACACGAGCACAGCAGCAGCUGGGGCAGGGGAAGCGGGCCUUAACCCGAGCAGCAUCAGCAGCGGCAGCCCGUUUGAUGCUUCCUGUAGUUCCCUACCAGGCUGGUCGCCACAGGACAGUCAAGCAAGUCAACUGAGCCACGCCUCACAGGACGACAGCAACAGCAUCUCCCUUCCGCACCUGCCUAGAAUCGCCAGCGACAGCCCCGUGCAUCCCAGCAGCAGAUUAGCCGGCACAGUAGACCCUAAGGAGCUCAGUCGAAGGGUAGCCAGCGGCCCUCUGCAGGUGUCAGCAGCAGCAGCAGAGCGGUGGAGGAAGAGGAGAGAACCCAAACCCGCACCACACCACACAAGAAUGGCUUCCCAUGAUGGCCCUGUAGGCAGAGACGUGCCUCCCUCGCCUGGGUUCUUCCGGAGUGGCAAGAACGCGCCUCAGUCCGACCCCACAGCCAAGGAGCGCCGCGCUUCUCGGAUCGGAGUCCCCACGAAGAUGUUUUUUCGGAGGAAUCUGUCGGAGGGCGGGCCGGCGUUUGGCCGGGACUGGGAUGCAGAGCGGCGGAAGAUUGCAGCAGAGGAUGCAGGAGCAGCUGGGGGUGCUGGAGGGAGGGGGGUUCUGGAUGGGGGGGAUGUGGCGGAAGGGAGGGAGGGCGAGGGGGAGGAUGAGGUGGGGGCAGGGGAGAUGGAGUUACGGGGUGCAGAGGAGGGCGUAGGGUCAGGGCCAAGCGUGGAAGGCCAGCAGAGGGCUGGCUCGUCUGGUGCUCGGGGUGCUAAGAAGCUACUGCACAAGUUUGGGACAGGUCUCAAGGUAGUAACACCUGGUGGGGGGGGCUCUGGGGGUGGCUCUAGUGGGGAAGCGUCGUCGCCCCGCGGGCAGCUUUUGCGAAGAUCAUUUAGCUCCAAGGGGUCGGGGUUAGGCCCUGCUGCUGAUAAGCUAUCAGCGGUGGCAGCUUCUGUGUCGACAGGAGGGGUGCCGCCGCCUGUCCCAGAUAGGCCUUCCCGGGUUCUACCUCCCACGCCUCGCAUGGGAAGCAUGCUAGAGAAGCCAGUGAGGAAUGUGGAGAAGGCUACUAGAGGGGUGGGGAAGCUUGCGAGAAGCUUCUCAGGGAAUAUUGACGGGCACUGGGGUGCUAUCAAGCGGGAGAUGGGGUUGGCAGUGCGCGGUAAGGGGCGGAGUAGUUUGUCUGUUAAUGCGGCAGGCCCGGUCUUGUCGGCACCAGGUGGAGUGGAUUCGGCAGGGGCGGGCGGGUUAAGGGAGGAGAGAAGUGAUGGUGGUGGGGCAGAGAGACUGUGGGAAGCUACUGGGCAGGUCGGGGAGGGGCGGGAGAUUCUAGAUGGGGUUAUGGAGCAUGGGGCCGAGGCUACUGUAGAAGCUGUAGAUGCCGUAGAUGCUAUAGAUUCUGUAGAUGUGGGCAUGGAUGUAGGGUUUAUGGGAAGGGAUGGUGGAGGAGGGGAUGCAGCUGUUGAUAUGGAGGGAGGGGAAAUGGCAGUUGAUGUUGUCGUUUGCACGACUCCUGGUCGAAGGGAGGGAGGUUUUGGGUCGGAUGAAGAUGUGACAAUGGAGGGAGCUGAGGAGGGCGGCAUGAAGCUAAGGGAUGAUGAUGAAAGUGGGGAUGUGGGGAAAGGGUCUUGGGAGGGAGAGAGCGGGGAGUCCGAUUUUAGCUAUGGUGCUGUAGGAACGUGGUGA